AUGUGCGGGCGGCCGACGGGUCCCUGGUUCGCAGUGCCGGCCGACGCGCUUGGCUACUACGUCGUCGCCUUUGACCAGCGGGGCUAUGGACGCACCACGGGCUGGGACACUUCUUCCUUCAUCAACACCAACCUGGCCCAGUUCGCUCUGACCAACCUUGUCCGCGAUGUCGUCACUCUGGUCUAUGCCCUGGGCUACCGCAAAGUAAAAUGCAUCGUCGGCCACGACUUUGGAGCAGUGACGGCAAGCAUGUGCGCUCUGAUGCGUCCCGAUCUCUUCAACAGCCUAGUCAUGAUGAGUCACCCCUUCAACGCUCCCGAUCUGCUUCCCUUUGACAUUGCUCACGCCGACACUGAAGCACACGCCCCCACUCCCCCACUCCAUGUCCACGCUGAGCUGGCAAAGCUUGACACGCCGCGGAAGCACUACAAGUGGUAUAACAGCACCAGCGCAGCUGCGCGAGACUGGGCAAACCCGGCCCAGGGCCUGCAUGUUUUCCUCAGAGGCUACCUUCACCUCAAGUUAGCCGACUGGAACUGGACUGCCCAGGAGCUGGCCAAGCUACCCUACUACUACAUCAUGCCGCUCCAUAAGUCCAUGCCCGAGACGAUUGCUGACAUGAUGUCCGACCAGAAUAUCGCGGCAACCGAGGCAUGGAUGUCCGACCAAGACCUCGCAUUCUAUGUACAGGAGUGGUCAAGGACUGGUUUUCAGGGUGGCCUUAAUUAUUACCGCAUCAUGACCGAUCCGGUCCGCAUGACCGAUCUCCAACUAUUUGCAGGCAAGAAGAUUGAGUGCCCGAGCAUUUUCGUCUCGGACGCUAAAGAUUGGGGAAACUACCAACAGCCGGGCGCCAUGGAAGCCCACCCAGAAUCAUGUUCGGAUUUCCGCAGAGCCCGCUUUAUUCAAGAUGCAGGACACUGGCCCCAGCAGGAACAGCCAAGAAAGGUCGUGGACGAGCUAGUCGCAUUUCUGAGCAACCUGUAA